AUGGCGCUCAAGAAAGAAGAAGCCCUAGCUAAAUAUAUACAAAACUUCUCCAUUAACACCAAUAAGGUAUCCAAGACAAAGCAGACAAAAGGCUACUUCGUCGCGCGGAAGCACUUGCUGGAAGACUACUGGGCCAAAUACAGUGCGAAUUAUGAUGAAGUUCGCAAUAUCGAGCCUACUGAGGAAAGCGAGAAUCAGUUGACAAAUGUGCUAGCAGAUGGUCAUUUCGAUGCAAUAGAAACUGCUUAUUGCGAAGCUGUCGGUGAACUUAACGACUCCAUCGAGCAGUUGUCUAUCGCUGGGCAUGAUACGACAUCCGUUCGACUUCCGCACUCCUCAGCGUGCGCGAUAUCAAUUUUGCCUAAAAUUGAACUCCCUAAGUUCGAUGGCAAGCUGCAGGGCUGGUUGCAAUUUAAAGACAUGUUCACGACGUUGGUAAUUGGUGACAAGUCCUUGUCGAAUGUGCAGCGCUUGCAUUACCUAAAGAUCAGUACGAAUGGCGAAGCAGAAACUCUGCUGAAGAAUAUCUCUGUGAUUGACAGCAACUUCUUCAUUGCAUGGGAUACUUUAUCCCAGCGCUACGAUAGCAAAAGGCGAUUAGUGAAGAUGUACUUAAAAGAAAUCCUUAAUAUUCCUUACUCUCAAACCGAAUCGGCUGCAUCAAUUCGUAAAAUUUUGAACGGCGUUUCUGAAGCCAUUCGGGCGCUUGAGCAUUUGGAGUGUCCAACCUCUAAAUGGGAUGACUGGCUGGUGUUUUUAGUGACUGAAAAACUUGAUCCCAGCACUGUCAGAGAUUGGGAAAUCUCACUCGAAUCGCCAAAUCAUAUUCCAACUUACAAUGAGCUUGUGAAGUUUCUGGAGAGUCGUGUACAAGGCCUUGAGUCAAUGGGCGCAACCUCAAAGCAAAAACAAAAGGAUUUUGGACCUAAGGUAACUCAAGCACUACCCGUGCGCAGCCAUCUUAGCGGCGUCACUCGAUGCAGCAGUUGUUCAGGUAAACACAUUCUUAUGUUUUGCCCCGAAUUCCGAAAACUUUCAUCAGCACUUAAGCUAAACUUCGUUCAAAAGAAUAAAUUAUGCCAGAAUUGCCUAAAGGCUGGUCAUUGGUUUAACGAAUGUACAUCUGCAUAUACCUGCCAAAAAUGUAAUCAAAAACACCAUACUAUGUUACAUGACGGCAUGCAUCCGAUCAGUAUUGCAACGCACCACGCUCGUGCCUACGAUGAAGACACAACAAUAACAACAUCACAGAACCAUGUAGUGCUCGCUACAGCUCAGAUAAAUGUACAUUCAGAAAAUGGCUACUGUCUACAACUCAGAGCACUUUUGGACAGCGGAUCUCAGGCGUCUUUUAUUACGGAGUUUGCGGCGCAACAAUUACACCUUAAACGUAGACGCUUGCAGGUCCCGGUAACUGGAAUAGGAUGUACAAAUGCUGCAGUCUCUUCAGGCUUAGUGGAAUUCGACGUUAGCUCUAUCUGCUACCCAGGUUUCAAUAUUGGGUGUACAGCGUUAGUUUUACCACGUUUAAGUCAACAGUUACCAGGCGCUCGCUUGGAUCCUACGAUUUUUACUGACCUUUUGAAUCUGAAUCUUGCAGAUCCUAGAUUCUAUGAGCCUGGUCCGAUAGACGUAAUUUUAGGAGCUGACAUUUACGGACACUUGCUCUGCGGUGAACUGAAGCAGUCAUUCACGAGCGCCUCCGUGGCACAGCAUACACACUUAGGUUGGGUCAUUCAUGGACGUUGUACUGAAUAUAUCGCCCCACUACGCACAAGCUUUUGUGCGGCAACAGCAAUCGAGCUCAACGAGUUAGUUAAAGCUCUUUGGGCUUUUAACGCGUGUGAAGAUGGCGAAUCGUCAUCUAAACUCACUCUUGAUGAGAUUUACUGCGAAGACUUCUUCGAACGUACAACUCGCCGGACCGGAUCCGGUCGCUAUAUAGUACGCUACCCAUUUAAACCAUCAGCUGACUUGUCUGUGCUUGCAGAUACUAAAUAUGAUGCUGAAAAGCUUUAUCAUUAUCAAAACAAACGCCUGAACAAUGAUAUUUAUUUUAAAACACUCUAUGAUGAGUUUAUGUCCGAAUAUCUCCAACUCGGUCACAUGCAACCUGUUUGCGAGGACUUUGAGCCGCAGCCUGUCUGCUAUAUCCCCCACCACGGUGUUUAUAAAGGCUCAAGCUCAACUACAAAACUACGAACCGUUUUUAACGCAUCACGUAAAACGAAAUGUGGUAGGUCACUAAACGACUGCUUGCUUGUUGGACCAAAGCUCCAAAACGAUUUAUCCGCAAUUAUAUUGAAGUGGCGAUGGCACAAGAUCGCAUUUAUGGCCGACAUCGAAAAAUGUUUCCGACAAAUCUUGGUUGACCAUAAGGACGCAGAUAUGCAACGAAUCUUUUGGAAAGAUGAACAUGGCCAGCCUUGCCUAUAUCGCUUACUUACAGUAACUUACGGACUCAACUGUUCGCCUUACUUAACCAUUAAAGUUCUCCAUACUUUGGCGAAAGAUGAGGGUACAGAAUUUCCAGAAGCAGCAGAUGUUUUAAAGGAAUGUUUUUACGUAGAUGACUGUUUAAGCGGCGCUAGCUCUAUUGAUAAGGCAGUUGAAUUACAACAGCAAUUACAGACUUUACUACAGCGCGGCGGAUUUACACUGCGAAAAUGGAAUUCCAAUUCCGGAGAUUUUCUUCAAAAAAUUCAAGGAACAAAUGCCAAUAAAAUAUGUGCGCUUAAUUCGGACCAAGACACUAAAGCACUGGGAAUUUAUUGGUCAUGCCAGGAUGACUAUAUUGGGUACAAGGUAAAAGUGAGCGUAGUUUCCGUAGCAAUCACUAAAAGACAGCAGCUUUCCGACGUUGCAAAAAUUUAUGAUCCUGCUUGCUUGCUGGCUCCUAUCAUCAUCACUGGCAAGCGUAUGUGCCAAGAUCUUUGGCGUACCGGAUGUACGUGGGAUGACCCGAUUCCCGAACCUUACCAGAGUGAAUGGAUAAAAUUCCGUGAUGAGAUGCCACUGAUAGAAAACGUAAAAAUUCCGAGGUGGCUUUUCACAGCUGACGACAUAGAAGAAGCUCAGCUGCACGUAUUCUGUGACGCGUCAUCAGCAGCCUUCGCAGCCGUCGCGUAUCUACGGGUGACGCAGUUGAACGGUGAAAUAAAAGUAUCUAUUAUCAUGGCGAAGACCAAGGUGGCACCGUUAAAGAAACGAACCAUACCCUGUUUGGAACUAAAUGGAGCAGUGCUUGCGAGUACUUUAACCUGCAAAAUUCUUGAAACUCUGCAGCUUAAAUCUACUCACACAUGGUACUGGUGUGAUUCGAAGACAGUGAUCAGCUGGAUUCGGUCCAAUCCUGGACAGCAUAAGCAGUAUGUUGCCAACCGGAUAGCAAAGAUUCAGGAGCUGACAAAUGUAGACGCGUGGCGGUACGUGCCCACUAAAUGCAAUCCGGCUGAUGUCGCGUCUCGUGGCAUUUACCCUUCGCAACUUGAAGACCUUAGCAUAUGGUGGGCGGGCCCCACAUGGCUACAAAAGGACGAAAGCUAUUGGCCAGCAAGCAUCGUGAUUGAACCAACAAGCACCCAGGCGGCUGGGAACGACGAUCUUAGCAUUGUGUCACUAAUAUCGGUUCCUAAGCCUGAUGACUGGAUUCUUCAAAAAUACUCGUGUAUCCAAAAGCUACUAGCCGUCACUGCUUGGUGCCUGCGUUUUUUCGCGCAAGCACAUGCAGAAGCGAAGCUGGCACUUGUCGAACGCCAUUACUUAAUGUCCGAAGAGUUGCAGUCACAGUUGGAGCACCUGGAUGAGACGCAGCUCCAGGAGGAUCAUCGUGUUCAUAUGGAUGCGAGCUAUUGCGCGGUUAAAGCCCUAUACACAGAGGGCCUGUCAUCUCUACGCACCAGUACACCAGACCCACCGUUCAGCAGCACACAUGUGGCACAUCACACCGGUGCCUCGACUGAAAAUUAA